AUGAAACGACAACUCGAAGAUCCGAUCCACUCGGAAAAGAAACAAAAAUCAAAUGAUCACGGAAAGGAUGUUAUUAAAAUGUUAGGAUAUACCAAUGAUGAAAAUCCCUUCAAUGAUAGCAAUUUAUCGGAAAAAUUUGUAUGGACAAAACAAGAAGACAAUUCAUCAUCAUUAACCGAAAAUAAAAGGAAGGAAAUUUUGUUAUUAAAACAACAAAGAUUGGAGAGAGAAAUGGAAAAGAGAAGAUGGGAAAUGGAAAGAGAAAGAGUUUUCAGAGAAAGAGAAGCUGAAAGAUUUGAUGAAUAUGAAAAGAAGGAAUCUGAAUUUCACUUGAAACAAGAAAAUUUAGCAUCGUUUAUUAGAUUGAGAGAAAGAAGAGCAAAAUUAAUUGAUUUUGUUACUAAUAACUUGAAAUAUUUGAGAUUUAAGGAUAAAUUACUUGGUGAUGACUAUGACAGCCAUUUGAUUUUAAGCAGUGAACAUGAAAGAAUUUAUGGAGUUGAGUAUAAAAAGCCAUAUGAAGUAUUUCAUGAUAGAAAAUUGCAAGAUUUAUUAGAUUCUCAAGAAGAUUUGGAAACAAUGAUUGAAUGUGAUAUUGACUAUCAAGAUUUCUGGAGAGCACUUUCUGUAAUUGUCAAGGAUGAAAUUAAUCUUGCAAAGGAAUAUGAAAAGAAAAAGGUAGGAAAGGAAGAAGAAAGAACUAAAGAUAUUCAUGCUUCAGUUGUGGCUGAAAUUAAAGAAUUGCUAUCUGAUAAGAAUUUGGAUGAAUUAUUAGAAAUGGAACAAUUAAUUAAUGAAACAUUAGAUAAUAGAGAUGCUUCAACAGAUGUUGAAUAUUGGGAAGGUUUGAAAAAGUACCUCCAAAUUUACAAAGCUAGGAACAUUGUCUCACAAAUUCAUCAGGAAGCAAUCAAAGUUUAUGAACAAAUGAAAAAGAAUGGUACAACUGAUAGAAUUUUCACUCAACACAAUACUCCUUCAUCUUACAAGGAUAAUGCUACUCAACAAAAGAAGGAUCAUAACUCAAUAUCAGGAGGAGCAUCCAAUGAAGAUGAUAGAUUAAUGCGAGAAUACAAAAAUAAGGAAACAGAGGAAGGUGAUGAAGAUACAGUGGAAGAAGUCAAACUAGUCAACCAACAAUAUGCAUGGAAUGAUAAGUAUAGACCAAGAAAACCUAAAUUCUUCAAUCGUGUAAGAACAGGAUAUGAAUGGACAAAUUACAAUAGAACUCACUAUGAUUUUGAAAAUCCUCCUCCAAAAGUCAUUCAAGGUUACAAAUUCAACAUUUUCUAUCCAGAUUUAAUUGACAGAAGUAUCACACCAUCCUAUGCUUUAGAAAGAGAUCCAAAUAAUGAUGAAUUCUCCAUUCUUACAUUCCAUUCUGGUCCACCUUAUGAGGAUAUUUCAUUUAGAAUUGUAAAUAGAGAGUGGGAAAAGUCUCACAGAAGAGGUUAUAGAUGUGUUUUCGAGAGGGGUGUUCUUCAACUGCACUUUAAAUUUAAGAAAUUAAAAUUCCAAAAAGAUUAA